AUGUGGAAAGCGGCUGUCCUGUCCCUUUUCGUGGCUGGCCUGGUGACCGCCAAGGAGGACGAGAAGAAGAUCGACGGACCCGUGAUCGGUAUUGACUUGGGAACCACCUACUCCUGCGUGGGCAUCUACAAGAACGGCCGAGUGGAGAUCAUCCCCAAUGAUCAAGGCAACCGCAUCACGCCUUCCUAUGUGGCCUUCACGGAUGAGGAGCGCUUGAUCGGCGAGGCGGCCAAGAAUCAGGCGACCAUCAACCCCACCCAGACCCUCUUUGAUGUCAAGCGUCUGAUUGGACGCCGCUUCAAGGAUUCUACCGUGCAGAAGGACAUCAAGCUUUUGCCCUUUACCAUUGUGGACAAGGCAAGCAAGCCCAUGAUCAGCGUCAAGGUGAAGGGUGAGGACAAGGUUAUGGCGCCCGAAGAGGUCUCUUCCAUGGUCCUGACCAAGAUGAAGGAGACUGCCGAGAACUACUUGGGCAAAGAAGUGAAGCAUGCGGUGGUGACUGUGCCAGCCUAUUUCAACGAUGCCCAACGUCAGUCCACCAAGGACGCUGGCACCAUCGCCGGCCUGAACGUCCUGCGUAUCAUCAACGAGCCCACGGCGGCAGCCAUUGCGUACGGCUUAGACAAGAAGACCGAGAAGAACAUCCUGGUUUAUGAUCUCGGUGGUGGCACCUUCGAUGUGUCCCUGCUGACCAUCGACAACGGCGUCUUUGAGGUGGUGGCCACCAAUGGCGACACCCACUUGGGAGGUGAGGACUUCGACCAGCGGGUGAUGCAGCACUUCAUGAAGAUCUUCCAGAAGAAGCAUGGUAAGGACAUGUCCAAGGACAAGCGCUCCAUUCAGAAGUUGCGCCGGGAAGUGGAGAAGACCAAGCGGGCCCUUAGCUCCACUCAUCAGGCGCGCCUGGAGAUCGAAGCCCUCUACGACGGCGUGGACUUCUCUGAGACCUUGACCCGGGCACGCUUCGAGGCGUAUGGAUGGGGCUUUGAAAUCCGCCUUAGCUCCGUGGAUCAGGAGCUGAACGCAGAUCUCUUCAAGAACACCCUGGGUCCAGUGAAGCAGGUGCUGGAGGACUCGGGCUUGAAGAAGAACCAGGUGGAUGAGAUUGUCCUGGUGGGCGGCUCCACCCGGAUCCCCAAGGUGCAGCAACUCAUCAAGGACUUCUUCAACGGCAAGGAGCCGAACCGCGGCAUUAACCCCGACGAGGCGGUGGCUUAUGGCGCCGCAGUGCAGGCAGGCAUUUUGAGUGGCGAGGGAGGACAGGACUUGCUGCUGUUGGACGUGACCCCCCUGACCCUGGGCAUUGAGACCGUGGGCGGCGUCAUGACCAAGUUGAUCUCCCGCAACACCGUGAUUCCCACGAAGAAGUCACAGAUCUUCUCCACCUACCAGGACAAUCAGCCUGCGGUGAACAUCCAGGUCUAUGAAGGUGAGCGUCCCAUGACCAAAGACAACCACCUGCUGGGCAAGUUUGAGCUUGGCGGGAUCCCACCUGCUCCCCGUGGCCAGCCACAGAUCGAGGUGACCUUCGAGAUCGACAGCAACAGCAUCCUGAACGUGGGCGCAGAGGAUAAAGGCACCGGCAAGAGUGAGAAGAUCACCAUCACCAACGACAAGGGCCGCCUGACGGAAGAGCAGAUCGAGAAGAUGAUCCGUGAAGCCGAGGAAUUCGCAGAUGAGGACAAGAAGGUCAAGGAGAGGGUGGACGCCAAGAACGCCUUUGAUGGAUACAUCCAUUCCAUGCGAUCGGCCACUGAGGGCUCGGGGGACAACAAGGGUCUCAGUGAGAAGAUGGACUCCGAGGAGAAGGAGCAGAUCUUGGACGCCCUGAAAGACGGCCAGAGCUGGUUGGAUUCCAAUCCGGAGGCGGACGCCGAGGAGAUUAAGGAAAAACACAAGGAGAUUGAAGGCAUUUGCGCUCCCAUCGUCUCCAAGUACUACGGUGGUGGUGGGGGUGCCGCUGGCGGCGGCGACGAUGAUGAGGCAACUUUGGCUUGGGACUUUUUUCAUGGACAAUUUACGAAGCAGAGCUGCCCCUUGUUCUUCCGCUACAUCGAAGAUAAGGACCUUUGGCGGUGGGCCAUGAAGCGCUCCAAGGAGUUUUCAGCAGCUCAGGAGUUGGAGCUGCCGAUCCCCCGACCCGGCUGUGUGCGCGACCCGGAGACGGCCUUCCGGCCCUGGCUGCAGAUCUACAACUCUGGGCAGCGUGGCUUAGACGCGAUGUUGAGCCGCGGUAGCAGCAUUGUGGCCUAUCAGGAUUCCCUUGUGGAGGCUCAGGCGCGUUCCGCGCGCGUGCGGCGCUUGAAAGCCGCGCCGGAGCUGAAGGCUUUCGUGGUGAAUGCCACAGUGCUGCCAUCGGAACUUGGCAAUGCCUUGGCGAAGCGAGGCGUGGAGGAAGGCGUGAGCUAUGCCAUGUGUGUGAAAUAUUUGCCUGGCAACAAGCCUGGAGAGGGUUCCUGGAGCAUUUCUCUCCGAAGUCUCUUCGGAGCGCACGCCUCGGCCGCCGACGUGGCCCAGAUCGCCAAGACCUUGGGCGGCGGCGGGCACCGCGCAGCCUCGGGCUGCGCGGUGCGGGUCACCAACCUGGAGGACUUGUUCGUCGCAGACUGA